UGACGAAUCUGCUGCCUUCGAUGUAAAGGUCGGGUCAGUCAGGGAGGAAGAAUCUUCCCGUUGCUUCCAGCUCGGUACCAUCCUCCGUGGGAAAGGAAGCCCGAGCCUUGCUGAGAACAUGAACGACUGGAUGCCCAUCGCCAAGGAGUAUGACCCGCUUAAAGCUGGCAGCAUUGAUGGCACCGACGAAGACCCGCACGAUCGCGCUGUGUGGAGGGCGAUGCUGGCGCGGUACGCCCCCAACAAAGGCGUCACAGGAGACCCCCUUCUUACCCUGUUUGUGGCAAGACUAAACCUGCAGACCAAAGAGGAGAAGUUAAAGGAAGUGUUUUCCCGCUACGGGGAUAUCCGGCGGCUUCGGCUGGUGAGAGACUUGGUCACGGGCUUUUCGAAGGGCUACGCCUUCAUCGAAUACAAAGAGGAGCGUUCUCUGCUCAAAGCUUACCGGGAUGCUGAUGGCCUGGUCAUUGACCAACACGAAAUAUUUGUGGACUACGAGCUGGAGAGGACUCUCAAAGGCGCUGUGGCCUAUGGAGUUCAGUUUUAAUCACAUCUGGGUGAAAAUGAUUUUCCUUUUCUGUGGUUAUUGGAUCCUACAGUCACUUGCUACCAGAAAUACAGUGGCCUUUCGUUGUAAAGCUGGGGCAAGGCAAGUUUGUCUGCAGAAAUUCUCUCUCCCAGCUAAAGUCUCUUUUUUUCUACAACCGAUAUGUGUACUGGCAAAUGAAGGCAUGACUCUCACUGCAGGUUAUUUGUGAGCUCUUUCCGUAGUGUAAUCAAAGCAAUUAGCUGGCCAGAAAUACAGCAGCACUCAUCACCGUUACAUUUCAUGUCUACCUGAUCCAAGCAGGAAAGCCACUUGCCACUUGCUGUCCAAGGGGACACAGAAAGAAUCAAGACAAAAGUCCCCUCCUCUGCUUUUCCUGUUUUAACAAGAUCAAAUGGCUCGCUGACGACGGCUUGGCAAAACAAAGCAGUUUAGAAAGCCAGGGCGUGAAGACCACAAACACAUCGUUAGUGUCACUCGGGGGCAUGGGUCAUGGUGGGCGUUGAUUACUGACCCGUCACUUAAAGGACCUUCUUUACUGGAUCAUGGACAAGGUGGUUUUAGAAUGGAAACAGAAAAGACAAAAAGAAUUAUCGGUGACAGAGCCGAGAAUUCUGAGGCUUCAGUCGUGCAGACGGAGCGUCGUGAGCGGCACGUUUGAAAUCGCACUCAACACCCACGUCAAAUAGGAACACGCAGGUGAUGGCCAUGCAGCUAAAGGGGCCAGAGGAGACAGGCCAGCCCCAGCAGUAGCCGCAGCAGACAUUCCAAAGGCACAGCUCGAAAGGAAACCAGAAAAAUACAGUGCCUACGAGGGACACAAGUCGUCGGACAGGCUGCAGGGUGGGGUCAUCUAUUAUCAGUCCGGCUGCUACCAUGGGCAUUACGGCUGUAAAUAUCCUGGUUAGAAAAGUACAGAUAGACACAGAGAAGACAAAAACGGGAGGCGUGAAAAAGAAACCCACUCCACAGACAGGUCAGCUGAAGGCUUUGCUUAUGGUCUAUGUGGAAUUAUGCCCCCAACACCCCCCCAUCCCCAUUCAUAUUUUGAAAAGUCCCAACUCCCAGUAGUUCAGAAUUUCACCUUAUUUAGAAGUAGAAUCCUUGUAGAUGUAACUAGUUUUGGUGAGGUCAUCCCGGAGUAGGGGAUGGUGUCCUUAUAAAAGGGGGAAAUUUGGACACAGACAUGCAUACAGGAAGAAGGCCACGUGAAGAUGGAGGCAAAGUUUGCGGUGAUGCUUCUACAAGUGAACAAAACCCAAAGAUUGUCAGCAAACCACUGGAAGCUAGAAGAGAGGCAGGCCCUCAGAAGGAACUGAUCCUGCCAACACCUUGAUCUUGGACUUGCAGCUUCUAGAACUGUGAGACAAUAUAUCUCUAUUAUUUUGGGGUUUUUUUUGUUUGUUUUUUUUGGCCAUGCUGCUCAGCUUGUGGGAUCUUAGUUCCCCAACCAAGGGACUGAACCCAGGCCCUCGGCAGUGAAAGCCUGGAGUCCUAACCACUGGACUGCCAGGGAAUUCCCUAUCUCUAUCAUUUAAGCCAGUCUGUGGUACAGCAGCCCUAGCAAACGAAUACAGCGUAUGACGACCACGUAGGGAAGACAGGGUGGCCUCAAGGGCUGAAAAUGCCAGCCUGGGUGUGGGGAAGGGUCAAAACCCGCUGUGGGAUUUCGUGGUGACACUCUUGGGUGUCUUCCAGCACAUCUCCCCCCACUGCCAUGAGCUGCAGGCUCUGUGCCUUGACAGCUGCCAGGGGGAGACCCAGGGGAGAGGGUGAGACAGCCACGAUGGGGAUGGACCAGGCAGAAGGGAGCCUACAUCAUCACCCACCUGUAUAAGUCAGAGUGGAUGCCCACUGGUUCCUUGUCUGGGCAAGGAAAAUGAAGAAACUCCAGCCAAGCCUCCAGAGCUUAUUUUGAACAGCUUUGAUUUUUUUUUUUUUUAAAGAGGUUGGCUGGGAAAAGAUAUGAUUAUCUCAAGUGAGGUUUGAGAAUUCUCGGUGUCUGGAUCUCCCUUGAUGCAACUUCACAGAGGAGCUGGGAGUUGGCAUCUUGGCAGAACCACCUGGAUGGCUUCUCACAGUGACAAUGAGAAGAGGGGGUUCCAUUUAGUAAAUGAAUGGGCCCGAUCCCCAGGGGCCAGGCUAGCGGGUACCAUUAGCUUUUCAGCCGCAAGGUCCUGCACCCACCUUUACCAGGACCCUUCUCCAGCAG